GAGAACCCUCUCGAACCUUCCGCCUUCUACCCUUUUUUUUUUUUCAUGAACAGCUUGUGCUUCAUUCUCAGUUUAAAUCACCUAUUGACCCUUAACCCUAAAGGCCCAAAGUCCUCACCUUUGUGAUGCGAUUACGUUAGCAAGUUACUGUGUGAAUCGGUUGCAUGCGUUUUAAUUCUAAAUCAGUUUUUUAUUCCCAGAAUUUUUUUCUUUUAAUUUCCCAUGAAAUCUUAACAACCCCACGUUUCCCCGUCAAGCCCAGCGACCAAGAACUGAUUCUUUCUUUUUCCCCUUCUCAGGGUGCGUCUGGAUCUGUUGUAAGAAUGGCGGAUCCCGAGAAAUGCUAUUACUCUGUUCUCGGUGUCCGUAAGAAGGCUUCUUCUUCCGAGAUCCGCGACGCUUAUCGUAAGCAAGCUCUGAAAUGGCAUCCAGACAGACGGUUGAAGGAUCCGACCGAAGCCAAACGAAAGUUUCAACAUAUUCAAGAGGCUUACUCUGUUCUAUCAGACAAAGGAAAGAGAUCGAUUUAUGAUGCCGGAAUGAUAAACUUCAUCGGAGAAGACGAUGAUGAAGGCUUUCUUGAUUUCAUGCAAGAGCUGAUGGUCAUGAUGGAUUCCACACGACAACAAGCGACAAACAGUGUGGAGGAUCUUCAGAGAUUGCUGAAGGAGAUGAUGACUGAAGAAGAGAAGAUGGCUUAUGGGUUGAGUUCUUCUGAUAUUUCACCUUCUAAUUCCACAAAGAAAACACGUCUUGUCCCAUUUUGAAGCCUGUUUUUUUUUUUUUUAAUUCGUUCAAGUCUCGAGGUAUCCAUGGGCUUGAGUUGAGAUGAUGGUGAAAGUUUCAGCCAUUCUCUCCUUUUUUUUUUUUUUUUACAUUUUUCAACCUUCGAAAGUAAACAUACCACAAAGAAAAGCAAACUUCACCACGAUUUCUACA